ACAUCACGACCUAAAAACAGGAAGCAAAGAGACAUGCUCAUGCAUCUAAACGAAGACGAUCGAACAGAGCACAAUAAUUAUAGUGUCUGUAAAUAAUAAAACAAAAAGCUUUCCAUCGCAGCCUUCAACGCACGCGAGAGGGGACAGCCUACCGCAGCGAAAUCACAGCUGUUUAAAGAGUCGUGGAUGCAUUUGAUCAAUCCAAACACACUGGGUCUGUGUUGAUAGCAUGGGACAGCACCUGCCGAAGCGUGAACAGCAAACAGAGAACAAGCCUCCCUCACCAGAAGCAGAAGCAGAAGCAGAAGCAGAAGCAGAAGUCAUGAACCCAACCGAGACAGAAACCCAGGAUGAGGUUUUUGGCGAGGCAGAUGUGAACCAGAACAAUGACCACCCGUCCAAGAGGCCGGCGGUGACUGACUCCACGGGUGCGGAGGCCCCCGAGGAGGCCUGGAGCGGUGCCAGCGCAGCUGACCCGGGCGACGGGCCCCGCCCCCACUUGGUCCGCCUCUUCUCCCGAGAUGCCCCGGGCCGUGAGGACAACACCUUCAAAGAGCGCCCCUCGGAGUCCGACGAGCUGCAGACCAUCCAGGAGCACAGCGGAGCAGGCACGGAGAGCGGCUCGGAGUAAGCAAACCCCAGGC